AUGAACGAAUUUCUGGUUCAAGUGCAAAAGGAGGACGUAAGGAUCUACGAUCUUUUUCUUGUUGAAGAGAUCACGGAUUUGGAAACAUUUUUGAUGUUGGACAAUAAUGACUUCUCCAGGCUGAAACUUUCAACGAAAAUGAUUAAGACGAUUCAAAGAAUUCAAAGCAAAUGUGCAGACGACAUAAUUAUUGAAGAACAGACGCUGGAGGAGAACAAUAAAUCAGAGAUUGUUGAAGAUUAUACUAUGAUGGCCGAGGAUGAUAUCAGUACAAAUCCGAAUGACAUUUACAACACAAUCAAUCUUGAUCAGGAAAUCAACAUUAACACUGUGCUCUCUAAAACCUUGAUUGGAAAGGGUUUGAUUGAACGUUUGCUGGAAGGCCAAAAUCCGAACGACAAGAUGAUUUCACAGAUCACCCACAUCUUGUGUGAUUGUUUAUUAGCAGUGUACGGAGAGAGACCUUCAACGUUCCAUAAGGAUAUUAUUGCUCGAUCCCUUGUGAAAAUGUAUCCUAUCCUGGCAUCUGCAGCUUCCGAUGUUCCACACGCUUUGUGGUUUCAUUUCAAUGGUCGUGGUGUAGGUCGUCAUGCUGGAAAAAUCCAUUACCGGAUGGAAUAUUACGCUAAGAAGUCCAACAAAAGAAUAUUUCACCGUCGCCGAAUCCAACCAAAUUCUACAGACCAAGAAGCAUUAUCAGAACAACCAGAUGUAACAGAAGUUAUCGAAGAGGACAUGGACAACUUGAUCAUCGAGUUGAAGUUUAUCGUUCCGUCGGAUGAAACUAAAAACCAUAUCCUUAAUCUUUGGAAGAAAACUCUGAAGAUCCGGAAUGAACAUAGGAAUGAAAGAACCAUGUUGACAUUUUUAAAAGAUUUUCCUGUGGCCUCGGCAUUUGGUGGCGUGCUGAUUGCUUAUGAUUAUACAACACUUCGACCAAACGCUUCCGACUUCAAUGAAUCAUGGAACGACAUCCAAUCAAAAGUAUUGGUUCGUUAUAGUGAUACAUUCCGUUUCAUCAAAAAUGAUUUUCUGAGGGCUCUGGCAGUCGUGCGGCAAAAAAACCCAACACGUGGACUAAAACGCUCAAGGGAGCAGGAUCCGAACCUGCGAAAGAUCAACCCACUCCAUGGUAUAAUCCAAUGGAUUAAUUCCGACAAGAGUAUGCCGACGUCAGCAAUUCCCCAAAUAAUAGUUGUUGGGGAGGAGUUUGAGGUAGGGGAGUGCUACGUUAUUUGGGAUAACGUGGUCGUCGGAACAGGACCGGAUGUAUUGCACGCGUUCGUGCUGCUCUGUAAAGCGUUUACGGUUUACAGAGUAGCAUGUUCGCCAUCUGACAAGCUAUUUUUUGACUUUUUUUAUGCAUGUUGCUUCAAAAUCAAUCAAAUGAGCACUACCGGCAACAACUUCAUCAACUUCCUGUGA